AUGCCAUCCAAGCUCAAGCUCGCCGUUUCCCAAUCCAGGACUCUAGACACUCUGCAACAAACUCUUGAUGCACUAGCAGCCACCACCCGCAAGGCCGCCUCGCAAUCCGUCGACCUCAUCCUCUUCCCUGAAGCUUACCUCGGUGGCUACCCACGCACCUGCGACUUUGGCGCCUCGGUUGGAGCUCGCGCACCCCACGGCCGCAGCCAAUUCCUCGAAUACUUCCACGCUGCUGUUGAUCUAGGCGAUACACCACUCGGUGCCGGCGAUGACUGGGUCAACCGCAAGCUACCCGUCGCANAAGGUCGCGAGUACCGUGGCGACGGCACUAGAGAAUUUCUAGAACGCCUUGCUCGCGAGACUGGCGUUUUCAUCGUUACUGGCCUUGUCGAACGCAGUGGGGGAAGCUUGUACUGCGGUGCUGUAUACGUGUGUCCACGUCUCGGCUGCAUUGGCAAGAGAAGAAAAGUCAUGCCUACAGGGUCCGAACGCCUGAUCUGGGCACAAGGACAACCCUCCUCUUUGCGUGCUGUCACCACCGAAAUCAGAGGUGUGAAGUUGUGCCUCGCCGCCGCCAUUUGCUGGGAAAACUACAUGCCUCUGCUGCGCUACUCGCUCUACUCCCAAAACGUAAACUUGUAUCUUGCACCUACAGCAGAUGCCAGAGAUACUUGGGAGGCUUUGAUGAGAACGGUGGCAUCAGAGAGCAGAGCAUUCGUCUUGUCUGCCAACCAAUGCGUGCGCAAAAGCCACUUGCCCGCUUGGAUCUCUGCAGGCAAAAAGUAG